AUGGUCCGCGUCUCCAAAGCCUACCGCUCUGCUGUACAACCCCUUCUCUGGACCAUCAUUGAAAUGCACCGCCCGGGCUUCCAUACGCAAAACGCACAUAAGGAGCUCCGAAUCGAAGAAGCUACAAGUCGCGUGACACCACCUUAUGAUACCGGUCCUCAAAUCAGAUCACUAUACCAGCCAGCUCAGAAGGCGCUCAUCCAAGGCGAGAAGUUUCUCAAUGUAUUCUCGAGUGGUGAAACACCAGGGGAAAGGCUGAUCGAAGAGAGGAAGAAAGAACUAGGCGCGUUGGUGCGGUGGCUCUGUUUGCCGACGCAUUUCGCCGCACCCAAUAGCAUGGCCCGAAGCUUUGCACAUUUUGUGAACUUGGAGCAUCUGGAGAUCUCGUGCUAUUGGAAACCAAAUUCAGGGUUGGAUAAAUCCAAUGUACAGCUGCCGGCAUUGCAAAACUUGAAGACGCUCAAAUUGCGUGGUUAUUUCCCCGAGGAAUUUGUCAGAUGGCUUCUCACGGAACCUGAUCGGAUCGAGGAACUUCAUUUGGCCGUCUUGGAUCGUCCAAUAGGCUGGUCGGAUUCCGAGAAUGCUACACCAGAGGAUCAGAUAUUUGAUUAUCUGGAAGAGAUGACGGAAGGAGGGUGUAUGAAAGUCGAAGAGGUGGACUUGGAGGGUCAAGAAUAUGUUACCGCUCGUGCUCUUGCAUGCCUGGUUCCUGAAAGCAUAUCGAGACUGGUAAGUCUCAAGACACUGCAUCUUUGCAAGCCUGGAGUUGGUACCGAGUACGAGCAAAGAAUGAUGUACUAUUCUACGCCAUCCGACGAGCGAAUUCUGAGGGAGUGGAGCGCUCUGUUCAGAGCGACACGAAAGACGCUGCAACACCUUAUCCUCGAUCAACGACCCAUCGCCGAAGAGAACACGGGGGAUAGCAAUAGUAACAAGGUAAGUCUGUAA